AUGCUUGGCCAAUUAUUCAGUGUUGUGUUGAUAUCUGCAGCAACAUCUACAGCAUUGUUGUCACGCAUUGAGGACUUCAUUGAGUUGUUUCGCAAGAUACAGGAUCAAGAACCAGAGAAGUUCUAUGAUGUGGCAGCUACUACUUGCCUGCGGUCACAUCAUCAUCAGCAUCGCCUUGGUGUUCUUGGGAGAGAAGCAUCUGAAAUUUUGCAUUCUUUGGAGACUUUCAAGACACAGAAAGUGGCUGCUGGUUUUGUUUCAGGUGAAGCUGUUGAUUCCAUUACACAAACACCAUUGGUUUUUGUUUUCAAUGGCAUGGGAACACAGUGGUGGGGAAUGGGCCGACAGCUUGUUCACCAAGAACCAACAUUCGCCAAAACAAUCCAGAACUUUGAUAUCUGCUUGAAAAGGUGUGGCGCAAAGUGGUCAAUGCAGUGGCUACUAAUGAACAAUCAGGAUGAAGAUUUGAUAAAUCAAACUGAAUAUGCCCAGCCUGCUAUCUGUGCCAUUCAGAUAGGUCUUGUUGAAGUCUUGCGGAAAUUUGGUGUCCGGCCAGAUGCUGUGGUAGGUCACAGUGUAGGAGAAGUGGCUGCAGCUUAUGCAUCAGGUAUGCUAUCAUUUGAGAGUGCUGUGCUGAUUAUUUACAACCGUGGUAAGCUACUGAAGAAAACCAGCGGCAGUGGGAAAAUGCUAGCUGUGUUACACAAUACAGACACAGCUCAAGAAAAACUGAAUGAAAGCAAGCAUUCUGUAUAUGUUGAUGUGGCAGCCAUUAACAGUCCUUCACAAGUAGUUUUCUCAGGCUCAGCAUCCUCAGUCGAUGCCCUAGCUGAAAUGUUUAACCAAGAAGGGAUUCGAGCUGUUCAACUGAAAGUAAACAAUGCAUUUCAUAGCUACCAACAAGAGCCACUGAAAGAGAGAUUUCUCCAAAAGAUGAAACCACUAGCAAAACAAGAAGUGGUCAGUGCUGUCCAAGUUCCCAUGAUUUCCACUGUUACCAACAAUUACAACCAUUAUGCAGAUGUAAAUGAUGGCAUGUAUUGGUGGAAAAAUGUAAGACAACAAGUCAAAUUCCAAAGUGCUGUGGACACUCUUCUUGAUGAAGGCUAUUCCAUUUUUGUUGAGAUUGGUGCUCAUCCAGCUCUUAGAGGUCCAAUGAAAGAUAUCAUUGUAGCAAGAGCAGACAAGCCAGUGAAAGUAGUGGUAUUAGAGACACUUAAAAGACCUAUAGCUUCAUCACCAAUCUUAGAAGAUUUGAAAAAUGUUGUGAAGACCCUGACUGCCCUCCACUGUGAAGGAUACCCUGUCCAAUAUGAAGCCAUGUUUCCAUCUGCUUACAAAGUGAUGCAUUUACCCCUCUACCCUUGGGAACGUAUCACUUGCAGUGGAAUAACAGAUUUUGUGAGAAGAGAAUACCUUUUUCCUGUCCAUAGCCAUCCAUUACUGGGAGAAAUGCAAGAAGAUGUCAGCAUGUAUAUCAAUGAACCCCCCUUCAAAUUCCACUGGAAAAGCCAGAUUUCAAGAAUAACUACACCUUGGGUUAGUCACCACAUCAUUCAAAGCAGUGUCAUCCUCCCUGGAACAGCCCACAUAGAAACAGCACUGGAAGCUGUCAAUGCAGUGCGCCAAAAAAGAGAAACUAUCACACUGGAAGAAGUGGACUUCAAACACUUUCUCUUUCCCAAGAAUGGAGAAGCAACUAUACAUACAAUCUUUCAAGAAAAUGAUGAGACAACAAAUAUCAAAAUAUGUAGUGGUGACCGGAACAACUACACAGAGCACAUCAGCUGUAAAGUCGUGGCUUUGGAAGAAGAUGAUUUGAAGUCUCAAGAGGAUAUUGUGAGAGAAGCAUUUACUCUUCCCCAAGGAAAACUGGAACAUAUACAAGACUCUCUUGAGUUACACGUUAGUUCUGAAGAAUUUUACAGCAAACUGGCUGUGGGUGAAAUCCAACUAGGAUCAUCCUUCAAAGCAGUUCAACAGGCAUCAUUUAACAAAAGCUUCACAAAGUGCCUAAUUCAUACAGAAGCACCAGAUGAAAUUUGGAAAGAAUUUAUGCUGUACAACUUUCAUCCAGCUUUCCUUGAUUGCGUGAUGCAGAGCUUUGGUGUUCUCCACUUGCUCCGUACUAAUUCUCCAGCACUCCCAUCUUCACUAAAGCGCUUUACUUACUAUAGCAAGAAAACACCCAAAAGGGUAGCUAUAUACAUCAAAAUGCUGAGUGCAACUGAUGAGGAUCAAAAUGAGGUUUUGGCAAUUGAUGCAGAUUCUGGAAUUGUAUGCUGUAGGAUAGACAACCUGUCCUUUCAGUCAUUAGAAGGGGAGCAUUCUAAGGAUCCAAUGAAGGUGUGGAGCAUCUUCUGGGUUGAAGCGGCAUUACCCAAACAGAAUGAAAAGAAAGAAGAGACAUCCCCGGUGUUCUACUUAACCAGUGACAACAAGGAAGAUUUGACUGUUCUUCAGAGUUCACUGACAAAGCUACAUGGAAUGGUGAAAAUACUUGACCUCCAAGAAGAAAGAAAACCAAAAGUGGAUGAUAUUGUCCUGAUACUCAUUUCCCAAAAUGAGAGUCAUAUUUCUGGGCCAACAAUUACAAAGAAAGAAGAUGUGUGGAAGCUUAUAAAAAGCAGUUCAUCAUUUGCAAGGGAUGUUAUCCUCAGCAUUUUAAAACUUGGAGAUGCAUUGCCAAAGCUAUGGAUCAUGACUGUCAAGGGUUUUCAGGUAUCCGAAGGAGAUCAAGUAUCACCUUUCACUGCCUCUACAUUUGCAGUUGGUUUGAGUACACUCCAUGAGUACCCUAGUGCCAGGAUUUAUAUGGUAGAUAUUUCGAGCUUGAGUGACAUCUCAACACCUGAAAAUGAGCUCAUGAACCUACUCCGUUCUCCACCUUUUGGGGAAAAUGAGUUUGCACUUCGCCAUAAAACAGCACAAACACUACAGUUAUUUGUGAGAAGAGCAAAGUUCCAAUCACCUUUGACUAGAAGACAUCCCAUUGUUGCUCACCAGUUCAGGCUGCAUCAAAACAAGACAAAGCAGAUAAAAUUUGUGUAUGAAGCAGAUACAGUCACAGGUGUUCAACCUGAAAACUGUUUCAAGAUAUCCAUUGAGCACUUUCUUGCAGAUGGCUGCCUUGAUGACCCACACUUCAUUUGCACAGGGCAUGUAAUACAAGGUGAAGGCAGCAGAGGUAAUUUACAAGAUGGGCAAACUGUUAUCGCAGUUUUUAAGGGAUGCCUCAAAUCUGAAAUUUUGAUCCCUCAAGAAAAUGUCAUGCCACUAGGAAAUUUCGAGACUUCUUGCAGUACAUUACUCUCUCUGGUGAAUGAUGCUUUAGCAAGUGUAAUUAUGGUCUACUCUGCCAAAUCUGUCCAAGAAGAUGAUAGAGUGCUGGUUUGUACUUGUGAAGAAUCCAGGAAAGGAUUGGUCACUGCACAGAUUCUCAAAACCUCAGGGUGUAAUGUUACCAUUUUAAGCUACUGUUGCAAUAAUGACUGCCCAGAUCAUGAAAAACUGCCAUCUGGACAAAAAAUCAGUGAUUUUGUGGAAGAUCAAAAGGUUCUCCAAGAAGAUGCUUUGCAGAAUAUUGGAAAGUUCAGUGCUGUUGUUGCAACUGGCCAGUAUCUGAUAUACAAGAAGGGAUUUUUCCAGUGCCUUGAUUGCCUCUGCGAUUUUGGUGUGUUUGUUGUUUUCACUCAGACCCCAUUAAAGCUCAGGAAUUUUAAUGGCAUUUGUGAAAACAUCCAGUUACUACCAAUUAGUGCCAGGGUGAAACAACUCCUCAAAACACCACAAUAUCUUGCUGAGAUACUGAAGUUUGUUGAUGCAUUACCUAACAAAUUGUGUCAUUUACCAACCAUAGGCCAUGCUUUGCCAGCUUCAAAAAUUGAAAACAAGAAUCUGCAGGAAUGCAUGGGUAGGGUGAUUCAUCUUGAUAGACCUAGCAUGGGAAUGAUUUCUACCUUUUCAGAAGACACUUAUGAGCCUAAUCCAGAAAUGACACAGUGUAUCACUGGAGGUGCAAAGGGUAUGGGUCUGGAAGUUGUGAGAUGGCUUAUCAGAAGAGGGUCAAAACAUGUUGUCAUACUUACUCGAAGUAAUCCAACAACUGCAAACCAAAGUGUCCUUGAUCAGCUUGGUAAAAAUGCAGACAUUAAACUGUAUAUAUGUGAUGUCAGCGAUGCCAGUGCUGUAGAUGUUGUGUUUUCAGAGAUAGUGGAAACUCAACCCCCAGUGGAAAACAUUUUUCACUGCGCAACAGUUUACUUGGAUAAUUGGAUGACCAGCAUGUCUGAGAAAGACUGGGAGGCAGUAAUGUUACCAAAGGCAUAUGGAGCUGUUUUAUUACAUCAAAUUUCAUUGAAAUAUGUCCUACCUCUGGCAAAUUUUGUGAUGAUGUCAUCUCUAGUGGCUUUGAUAGGAAAUGUUGGGCAAAGCAACUACGCCACAGCAAACUCUGUGUUGGUGUCAUUAGUAGAGAUGCGAAGAAGUAUGGGACUGCCUGCGACUGCAGCAAGUUUUGGAGUAAUAUCAGAGGCAGGGUUUGCAGCUGACAACAAUUUAGUGUCAGUAUGGCAGGAGAAAGGCCUAGGAAACAUUUCUCCAUCCCAAACAACAGCAGCUUUGGGAACAAUGCUUGAGCUUCAGUGCAGUCACUUAGGUGUCACUGGUCAUUUUGAUGAAGCAUUGUAUGCACGUAAACAUCGUUCAGUCAUCACAAAAGGUGCAGUAGAAGGUGAUGUAACAUUAUCAAGGUUGCAAAACUUUUUUAGCAUGAAAACAUUGCAAGAACUCGCUGUUGGCAAAUAUUCAAGAUCACACCAAACAGAGAGUAGCAUUAAAGAAAAGAUUGAAAAUUAUCUGUUGCAGACCUUAGGUAUAGUUGACAUCAGUGAAGACACAUCUCCAGUUGAAAUGGGACUGGACUCCUUGAUGGCUACAGAGUUAAGAGCAUUCAUUGAUAAUGAAUUCAAUGUAUCAAUUCCACCAGUAGACCUUCUGAACAGCAGCACGACAGUUGCGCAGCUAGUUUCCACAAUCUACAUGCAACUGCAUUCCAAAGGAGAUAAUGCAUCAACAGAGGUUGUCAAGGGUUCUGACCAAUCCAAAGAGGCAAAAACUUCUCUCUUCAUCACAGAGAAAAUUCUGGAAAAUCCGCAGUUCCAGCUUUUUUGUUUCCCUCCAUCAGGUGCAGGACUGACAUCAUUUAAUGGGUGGCAAAAAUAUUUUUCAAAAUUUCACACUCAGGUCUAUGUGGCUCAACUGCCUGGCUGGGAAGGAAGACGCUUGGAAGAACCUAUGAAGAAUAUGUCAGAAGUCAUUGGUAUAUUGGCCUGUGAAAUGAGACCACUUUUGAUGCAUGGGAAGUUUGCCUUCUAUGGUCAUAGUUUUGGAGCCCUUUUGUCCUUUGAACUGGCAUACUUUUUGAAUGAGCAAGGGGUUCUUCCAGCACACCUUUUCAUGGGAGCAUGGUUUGCACCACAAAUACCAUACAAAGAAAUACCUACUUUCAGAAAUAAAAUCCUAGACAGCGACAUGGACAAUGAGGAUUUUGUGAAAGAGGCACAGCAGCUGACAUUUUUGGAUGGGAAAAUCAUCAACAAUCCUAUGACCCUUCGACAGUUUGUCCCUGUUCUCAGAGCAACUCAUGAAAUGAGCAAAAAAUAUGAAUAUACACACUCAGCCAAACUCCCCUGCCCCAUGAAGAUAUAUGGUGGGAAGAAGGAUGCAUUUGUUGCAAGGGAAAAGCUAAUUGCUUGGGAAGAUAUACGGCACAAGGAUUUCAGCUUUGGUAUAAGAAUGUUCAACAGUGGACAUUUAUUUCUCCAUGACAUUCAUAUCCGAGCUGUACUUACCCAAGAUAUUGCAAAAACAUUGAACCUUGUUUGA